GGGCGGCUGCGAUGGCUAGCUAUAGCGGCCGGAGACGGUAGCGCGUGAUGGUAUUUGGCUAUGGUGAGAUGUACUGCUACCAUAAUUCCAAUUUUGAUUGGCUUAACAAGUUUCGUGUGUACGUCCCUGAUGUUUCGAAGUGUAUUUAAGAUAAUACUUCCUUUUAAAUUGAAUUCUGUUCUCUUAUCAUCAACAUCAAGGAAAAUGGCAAGCAGCGAGUCGAGUACGGAGAUCGCGAGCAAGUUGACUGCUGCAUUUGUGACAGUUCCAGGUGUAGAAGUUGGUGAAAAAUUAGCCUCAGAUAUUGUUAAGCAGAAGUUGGCAGCAUGUGUCAACAUGAUACCAGGUUUGACGUCUGUUUAUGAAUGGGACGGAAAGAUCGAGAAAGACCAAGAAGUGCUAUUAAUGAUCAAGACUAGGAGGUCAAAGAUCGAUGAACUCUCAGAAUAUAUGCGAAAGAACCAUCCUUAUGAUGUUGCAGAGGUCAUCAGUCUUCCCAUCGAAAAUGGAAACCUGCCUUAUUUGCAGUGGGUAACUAAAUGCGUACCAGAAUGAGAUGAAAUCUUUCGAUAUUAGGAUAUUCAGGUUCUACAAUUAUUUAGUGAACAAAGGAGACCCAUUGAUCAGCAGGAAAUUUCAAUGUAUGAGAGCUUUUUAACUGAAAAGAGCAGAUGGAAAAUGUUUUUGAGAUACAUACUGAAAUAAGGAAGAAUUCAACAGAUUUCCUUGCAUCAUUUUUUACUCUAAUUGUUAUUCAUUUUCAUAUUUUGCUGAUUAAGGGAAGUAGAUAGUUAAAGGGGAGGGGGGGGGGCAAACAACAACCAUUGACCCAGUCAUGCUCUGAUAAUGAUGUUGAUUUGAUUCAUGAUAAACUCCUGAAAGAUAAACUCCCUCAGAAGUCAGCUGUAAAUUUGGGAUGUAAUUUCUGUGAAAUGUUUAUCUGGCCAAAAUACUGCUAUACACCUUUACAAGUCGAGGGGUAGCUGUUUUGCGAAAGCGCAUAACAAUGCUUGACCCUAAUAACCAUGCCACAGUAUUGCCCAUCUAAAGCUGUCAAUACAAUUGACGUAAGAUUCUAAAUAAAUAGCCACAGAAUCCAGGUUUGACUCUAGCAGGACAUGCAGAAAAUGUAGACACUAGUUGUACUUUGAAUUUGGCAAUUUCUUUCAAAAGAAAGACAAGUUGGUUGUGGAACUACAUGUAGGUAAACGUGUAUUUUAAUAAAAUUCUACUACUCUUUUCAAUAUUCAUGCCUAAAUAUUUGCAAGAAAUCAAAUUGUUAUAAAUGUGUACGUAAUAUGAUUACAGAUCAAAUGAAGUCAUAUUUUUUAAGAAGAAAAAAUAUAAUGAAAAAUCACUCUUUCCACUGCUUUAUGAAAGAGGAAAAUAUGGUAGGGGAUAAGUUGUGAUCUAGCACUCCUUGGCAUUGGGUUCCCAGUGAAGGCUGAUAUUGUAGUUGCAUCCUUCUUACAGUAGGGUCAGUGAAAAAUUGCUGUUUCCAUAUGUGUUCUGAAAAAAAAGUUAUGUUUGCUAGAAGCGAUCAAAAUGGAAGCAUGCAAAGUUGUUGAAAUCGGAAAGAAAAUCACUUGACAGGUCAUAUAAUGAGCCAUUUUGUAGUUCCAUUCUGCGCAUGAUCAGAAGGUCAUUGGUACUAAAGUGACACGGUAGUUUGAUAUUUAAUGAGAUAUGCACCAACUUUGAUGUCUUGAUUAUUCAUUUAUUCUUUUGAAUUGUUUUUCAUUAGAUCCACAAGACAAUGCGUUCACUAGCGACUGGUAUUUCACAGUUGGCCAAGUUAAUUGUUAUAAUAACAUGCUAAUGCAUUCAACGUAGAAUACCUUCGAGUGUUCAUUGGUGUGCUAUUCUAGGCACCUGGACUAUUCAAUUUCUUCAUCCUGUUAUGUCAGGCAUGCUUACAUAUAUUAUCUUGCUUAGAAAUGAAAGGUAGGUCACUUGACCGAAAUUGCCCAUGAAGUAACUACGAAAUUAACCCAAAUAACUGUACAUACCAGAACAAGACUACAGUAUUUUAGUUUUCAUUUGUAGGAGGUAAUAUUAGAAGAGUUGAAAAUUGCUGAUUUUAAUAAAGGGGCUGUUAAAAUUUAAGAGUAAAUCUUGGUAUUUAUUUUUUUGACAAAAAUGUUCACCCAUAUAGUUGGUGGCAGUGAAUAUAUACUGGGACAUUAAAAGCAGCGGUAAGCUAUUUCAUGCAUGCUUUGGAAUAACUUCUUGCAAAGUUUGAACCAGCCUUUGGAGAAAUUCAAUUAUUUUAUGUACUUACACAAGAGUUCAGGAAAGAAAAAUUCUUAAUCCAAAAAUCUCGAUUUUAUUCAUACGUUUUAUUUCAACUUUGCCAUAAAAUGUGUUAUAUACAUAGAAAUUUACAGCUUUACAUACAUGGAUAUUGAACUGAGCUCAUUGUUGGGAGACUACAGUAAAUAGCAACCAAUGCAUGUAUACAAUAAUACACUAAUAGAGUAUUUGGGUAGAAAUGGGGAAAGGUGCAAAUUCACUCUGAAAAUUAAGAGAUGAGGCUCUAUGAAAUAAAUGACCAAUCGAUAA